AUGAUUGAACAAUUUAUCAAUUUUGUGAUCCGACCGCCAAGGUACAGUCUCUUUCGUUAUUUAUUUCCGAAUGAAAAUUUACUCUCACGGAAAUUUGUCUUCUGUUGUUUCUACCUCAAUGCAUAUAAAGUGACCUUUGUUUGAUCAAGUCGUAGGGCCCUACAAUAUCUGUGACCCUUAUUUUUUUUGUGCCCUCCAGCGCUCGUUUUAGAUACAAUCUGAGUAAUUUUUAAAUCAAUUUUUCUCACAGGACAUGAAAGUUUUCUAUCCUUUUCUAUCCUUCUUCAAAUUUUGUCCCCUCGUGGUGAAUGAGAACAGCGUCUUUAGGCCCUUUUAGUAAAUAGAUAUUACUGAAAAUCUACUGUCGUUUCCUGGGUAGUGAUGAUUUGUACUAUGUCGAGUCACUACAUGCAGCUGUUUUGCUAGCCCAUGGUUUUUGGCCAUGCAACUGUGGGAUAAGUUGAAGCACUGUGAUUCUCAUUCUAAAAACUCAGAUUUAAUUACAUCCUGUGAAACCUAAUUGUGCCUAAUUGCUUGUUUCUCAAAUUCUGGUCUAGUGAUAUCUCGAAUAAUGGGAUCCAUCAUUGUAAUUUAAGACAUUUGAAUUCGGAAAUAUAUCUCAAUGUUCGGUCACAGAGGCCCGCAAUGCAUUAACGGUGUUAAAUUAAGGUGAACUUUGGUUAAUUGAGGCUGUCGUAAUAACUGCAGUUGUUUAGGUCAUGAUGAGUAUAGCACAAAUGGAAGAGGAUAUGUCGAAAAUUCUUCAGCUUUGGAUGAACAUCUACUUUUCCAAAAUAAGCUAAAAGGCAUUUGAUCCAACAUGGAAUGAUCAUGGACAUUACUAGGCCUUUUGAGGACUAUCAGGUUUUUUGAACAUAAAGAUAGCAGUUUAUAUAUAUUAAAUGUGCAUUUGAGUAAUAUCUACUUGUUCUCUUUGUUUGAAAGAUAAAAGUUGAAUAUAUGUUUAGAACUAAUUUGAAUUGGUUAGUACCUUUAUUAAUUGUUGCAAUUGAACCAAAAUUUAAGAGAUGACAUUUCUGGGAAAUGCAUAUCUGAAAUAAGUUAAACUUUUCUCAGUAAAAAGCUAUGAUGUGGGUGAGAUGGUUGAUGUUAGAAAAGAGGGGGAGGGAUGUAAUUUCUCUGUUAAAGGUCAUAACCUUCUUUUUGGGAGUUAUAUUUCCAUUAGUUUUCGUGAAGAUGCAAGGUAGAUGGUGUUCGUCAAGGCUACAUGAUCAUCUUUCUAGGAUUUCAAUAUUGUUGCUUUGAAUCCUUUCUAUAAAACAGGUGUCACAAAUGAAGGCAAUAGGAGUAUCUCAUCGACCAAAAUGAACAGAAAACAUGAGAAUUGCAAAUGAAAUUGUGUUAUUUUUGAAUCAGAUCGUAAACUUAUUUCACUAUCUUUUUAGAAUAAGUGAAGUAUGCCUCUACUUGUAUAUCAUUAUUUUUAUGAUUUUAUGUAAGAUAAGCUAUUCUGAAUGUAAGAACUGCCUCACUCCUUCACUGCAUUUAAACAAAUAUUGCCAAAAUCUUGGCUGCCGAAUGUCCUGAAAGAGGUUGGCUUCUCUCUCUGCAUGUGCCACUCGAAACGGACCCUCUCUCUGAUUUCAAAUCCUUUGAAGAUACAUCAUGCCAUUUUCCAUUGUACUUGUGAGUCGGAUUUAGUUAUGGACACUAUGCAAUGGAGCGCUCCUUAAAUAGAAGAUUUGAAAUGCAGCACUCGUUAUAUCCAUUGGCUGCUAAUUUAUAUAGUGAUGUGAAUUUCUCUUACACAUUACGAGACAAUUUUCAUAGACUGCUAGUUGCAGACACAUUCUGACGAUUUGAGUAUGCCAUAAAUUAGUGAUCGGCUUGAAAUGCUGCUUGUUGAGAACUGAUCUUGAUUGAGAUUCUUGCAACUUGGAGAAUGAAAGGAGUCGAUCUUCACGAUCCUUCUCUUCCAGGAAGAUGAAUCAGUCACCACUUCUUGGAGCAGAGUUUCCGCAAUCCCAAAAUCUUAUAUCAAUUAUCUUGGUUUCCCGCUUAGGUACAGGUUACAUGAGUUAAUGGGCAAGGCCCAUUACAUUAGUCUUUAAGUGGAUCCGUUAACAGUCUAAUGGAUCCACUUAACACAGGGGAUGAUAGAGAAGGACGAAAAUGCAAUGAAAAGAAACAGAUAAAAAGGAAAAACAGUCCUAGAGAGUUCAACACCCCCUCUCAAGUUGGGUAUGGAUGUUUUCCAUGCCCAACUUGGACACCAUUCUUUGAAAUACUGGUCUUGUGAGACCUUUUGUGAAUAUGUCAGCAACCUGUUCUGAUGUCCCAACAUAUUUCAGAUCUACAUCUCCUGUUUCUACUUUUUCUUUGAUAAAAUGUCAAUCUACUUCAAUAUGUUUAAUCCUGUCAUGUUGUACAGGAUUUCGGGCAAUAGGUAUUGCUAUAACCCUCUGGCUCUUACUACUAGGGUCUUACAAAAUACUAUGGAAACAGAGAUAAAAUCACCACAUUUAUGAUGCAUAUUCUAAUCUUCAAGUAGUUCGUUAACUAAGACUAUAUUGGAUUGCUGUAGACGUGUCAUCGGGACUGAGCUAUUUAUAACCGACGUUUGAAGGACCAUUAACGUGGUUUUGACUGAACAGGACAAACAUCAUGUUGAGUUUUAUUUCUUACUAGGUCCAAUCUGGUGUCAUUCGACCUGGAGCUCGUGUGGCUCAACAAAAUGAGGAAAGUAGUGUGCCAGGAAGAUUGGCAAAUGAGCAGGAUUAGUGUAGAGGAAUCCCAGGAGUCAGGGGGAUGGGAGGAGGAAGCAAAUGACGAAAUGCUGGUGUAAAAAAUAAUGAGAGGAAGGGGCUUGGGUGGAAGACCGGUGGAGAUGAGUGGGGUCUCUGGAAAGGGAUCGAAUGAGGUCAAGAAGGGAAAGGGGGGUGUCGUGGGGGGUGUUGGAAUAAUCCAGUGGAAGAGGGUUGAUUUACAGAGGGAGUUUUGAAGAUGGAAGUGGGUAGGUAGUCGAGACUGGGUUGGGGACAGCGGUAGAGGAAACAUUAAGCCACCCUCUGUUGGUUUUAACUGAUGGCUGUUUUUUCAAAACAACUCUACCUUUUCCACAGCAAUACACUACGGAAAGAACUCUAUUUUCUGCUGAUUCUCAUUUAUUUUCCGUUUUACUUACUUGUUCCAUUUUUGGAACCCAUUUUGUUUCCUUGAAAAUUCUUCCUCGGAAGGUUUCUAACAUUGAGGAUUCCAUCAGUUUCAAAUUUGCUGGAAUACGAGGGUGGCCAAGGUCAGGAAGUGGUAAUGGGAUGUGAUAGGAAACCCAUAGAGCCAGGCUUGGCAGUGCUUGUGAGAGGAAACGAGACAAAGGGAAGGUUUUAAGAAGAGGGUUCAUUCUGUUUCCAUCCAGGUAGGUUGGGUCAAAAACAAUUCUCAUACAAUGAGUUUUGGUAUCCAACCUUGUCUAAAAAUAGGCUUGGGUCCAUGAACAUCUAUUGAGCCAACAUAAGCUUGGUUUAAAAAACAUAGAUGUGAUGCCAUACAAUUUUGCUUAUAGCAGAUACUUUCUUACUAUUUAGGGUUAUGGUACUGACUGGUGCUCAUAAUCUCUACGAAGGAAUAUUUUUCUUCUCAAGAGUAGUUUUUUUUGUGAUUCUUUUAGUUUUUCUCUUUCUACUUAAGUCGACUGCUUUGUAUGAUCGCCCAAAUCAAAAGAAUGGUACAUAAUGUUUGAACAUAAAUACUUAUAUCGCCGUAUCUGUGACUAGUUACUAUAGAGGGUAUUCCUAAUACAGGAUUAUCUCGAUUCAAGAAAAGAAUAUUUCUCCUGUAUUUCUUAUGGAUCACUCUAAGUCAUGAUUAAAAUUUGGAGAGUUCAGCGCUGGAAAUUCAGUUGUUCUGUGCCAGAUUUGUUGCUAUCUACUCCAAGAAGUCACAAUAGACUAAAUUUGCGGUUGCUGUUAUUUGUCCUUCAAGCAUUGCUUGAACUAUUUAAUUUUGGUGAAUAUACAGGGCAGAGUACAAUCCGGACCAAUAUUUAUGGGAACCAGAAUUCACUCUUGCUGGCAGAAAAUUCAAACGACAGGACAUUGAGGCAAGUAUGAAUAUCAUUCAUUGAGAUUUUGUCUUUUUUUUGUUGUCGACUUUAUAAUGCUUGCCUGAAUUGCCUUUAAUAGCCGUUGAAAUCUUUUUCUAAAAUUUCUCUGCAGCUGACAAACGGAAGAGGACAUAUCCUACGUUGCAGUCAUUAUGUCCCGGCUACUCAUCCUGAAGACACUCCAUUACCUUGUGUCAUCUAUUGCCAUGGAAAUAGGUUGCCUACGUUUUCCUGUUUUGUGCUCUCUUUAGGUUUCAGUAGCGUAGCUAUUCUAAUGUUGUGAAUGAGUCACUGUUUCAUGUUUGACAUUGCUAAAGUAAAGAUAUGCAUUUCUCUUCAUUGUGUUGUGUGACCCUAGUGUUGCCGUGAUGAACUACAUUAUUUCAACUACGGCAGUAAACAAUAAAACAUAAUCAAUAGCUUGGGCGAUUUGCGAAAAUGCACGUCUAGGUCAUGUGUUGCGCCCAAAAGUUGCAUUUGCUUGUCAAUGAGUCCAUUUUUAUAACAUUUUCCUGUAACACCAUAUACAUUUUGCAGUGGUUGCAGAGCUGAUGCAAAUGAGGCUGCUGUAAUUCUACUACCUUCAAAUAUAACUGUCUUUACUCUUGACUUUUCUGGCUCAGGCCUAUCAGAUGGAGAUUAUGUCAGCCUUGGCUGGCACGAGGUAUUCUUAUAUUUAAUUUAUGCUUAUUUAUUUUUAAUUCUAAUGAUUUUAGUGUCUGCUAACGAUGCCUUAAACUAAACAGAAAGAUGAUCUCAAAGCUGUUGUGUCUUUUCUCCGGAGCAACAAACAAAUUUCAUGUAUCGGCUUGUGGGGACGAUCAAUGGGCGCCGUCACAAGGUAACUCUUUAGUUUUUUGUUCAUGCAACAUUUGCAUAUUAUGAUGCUGUGAACCAGCUUGAAUAACCAAUCCUUCUGAACUGGUCAACCUUUGUAAAACUGCUGUAUAGUUGGCAAAAGAGCCUGUUGUUUUGACGAGGGCAUGUCUGGGGUAUGCUGGGUAAUAGUUACUCCGGAAAAGAAUCGGAAACUGGGGAGACCAAUCGAUUAGAAGUUUAUAAUAGUAACCAAAUGUUAAAUUAUAUGUUCACUUUUUUUUUAAUCUGAUUCAGCUUCUAGAUGUCAUGCCCAGUUAUUGACCUUACCUAGGGUGCAGAUUGGUGGUCAUUAACAUUGAAUUCUUUUAUGAUACCAAGACAGUUAAAUCCUUGGAGCAGCACUUGUCAUGAUGGUUCAUCAAGCUAUACACGCCUUCUCAACAUGUGCAUACACAUGUGCCGUAGAAAUUAGUCUUUUCCAAUUACUUGAUGCAAUGUACUUUUACCUGGCAUUCAAGGGAAAAAGUAACUUUGGAGCAGUUUGGUGUCAUCUGCGUCUAUUAUCCAUAUGAUUUUAGAUCUGAUGUGAUUCAUCAGAUAUUCGUAGAGGCCAUGAAACGGCUCCUCUUUCGGUCAUGUCAAUUGACUCUUAGCACACGUUUCUUUUUCCUUAAAAACUGUGCGAAACGAACGUGGAAUGAUUACGCUUUCAUUCCAAGAGUUCAAUAGAAUCAUUACCUGAGCUAUUUGUGGCUUUGACACAUUCUACGUAUUAUAAUUGUUUGCAGCCUUCUUUAUGGAGCAGAAGACCCAUCUAUUGCUGGAAUGGUGUUGGACAGUGCUUUCUCCAACUUAUUUAAUCUUAUGAUGGAGUUAGUGGAUGUUUACAAAAUUCGUCUUCCAAAAUUCACAGUACGGUUGUCGUUUCAGCUUCUUUUAUUCUCAUAUACUGUUGUCCCUUGUUAUAACAUUUGACUUCAGCAGAAUCUCAACUAGUACAUCGCUCUUGUUUGGGUUGGUGAUCCUUCCAUCAUGAACCCAUCCAUUUGUUGCGGCUGGGUUUGCCAGAUGUCGAAUAGUUCAAUCUUGGACCUUGGUCUGACUGAAAAAAAUUCAUGUCUGAGUCUUUUAUUUUAUGUUUUUUCUUUUUUUGGGGUUGGGGUGGGGAGGGGGCUAGAUUUGGCAAGUAGAAUAGCCAGGUCAUCAGGAUCAGACCACCCUUGCCUGUCAAUCCUCAGGGAAAGUUCUGAUUAGGUAGUAGGUAAUUUCGUUGGUGUAACUUGUGGGGCAGGCGGUCAGGGACAGCCCAAGGUGAGGUUUUUUCCCUCCUUCCUUUUUCUACCCUUAACUUCCCCGUGUCGUCUCAAAAAUAAGCCAACUUCUCUUGAUUCAGCUCAGAAAAGAAAAAUGAACCCUAUUUCAAACAAUAAAAAAUAUAUUGGGUUGUGACUUUCUGAUCCAAAUGGAAUUGGAUAUGGUGAUGCUUAUCUUGGAAAGUUAGGCGGACCGUGACGAGGUAAACAUUAAAGUUUAGCAAUAAAAAUUUCGGAAAUAUUUGUUCGUUAUUGUGGGUUGAUUGAGAGUAACAAGGCUUUUGGGCUUUUGCUAUGUUAUUCCUUGUUUUAUGUACAUAGUCUAAUAGGAUCUGAUACCUGCGAAAAUACAGGCAUUGAAGCACAGUUGGUAAAGCAUUAGCUCAUAGUCAUUCAUUCUUGUUCUCUUCUUCUUUCUCCUUCACUCUUCUUAUGGCUUGCUGUAAGAGAAUUGGCACCUACCAGACAGCUGAUCCAAGUUCUGAUUCGUUUCUUCUUUUUUUUUCUUUUUUCAAGUUCCCUUUUUUUAACUUAUAAAGUGUAUUCAAUCUUUUCCUUUACAACUGGUUUAACUGGAUUGAGGAGUUCCCAUGACUAUCCAACUCUGCUGUUCUAGCCAGCCACUGUUAACUUUUCAUUUGCACAUUUAUUGUCGCAGUCUUGGUAAACUUAAUAUUUAUCUUUUUCCCGUUUGAUGCGUAAGCAUGUCGGUUCUUCCUACUCUUAGUUUGUAUCCAUGAGUCUCUUGUGUGAUCAUAAUAUUUUUUCAUUCUACAAAGGCAUGGGAAGCUGGUUAUUAUCAAUUGUGAAUCUUAACCGACAGGCGCCUCUAGAGAGAAUUACGAGUCGAUUUCAAACUUCAAAUAAUUGAUUCCUCUCGAAUUGUUUUUUUCUGUUCAGAUUAAAAUUGCUGUUCAGUACAUGCGGCAUGUCAUUCAGAAAAGGGCCAAGUUUGACAUCAUGGAUCUCAAUGCUGUACAGGUUUGUUUCUUCACUUCUGUUUCUGGUCCAGGAAAGUCGACCAUUAUUUGUUCUUGCAAGGCGUUAUUAGGAAAGUAAACUGUACAGUGCUAUCAUCUUCAGAAUUGGGGUCAUAUGACUGGUCUGAAGGGAGGCAGGGGAGAAAAUGGGAGGGCAAAUGUAUGGUAACGUGUUGAGCUCAUGCUCCCAUCCCCCGUAUGUUAUAUUCUCCACGACCUCUCUUGUGACGCUGGGGCAGGCGUGGUCAAUGGAGCGGCGGCCAGUGUAUUUGGAGGCGUCAGGGAGCUGGACAGGGGCAGUCGUCUCAGGCGCAGCGUGAGACUGGUUAGGUUUAACCCUCACUCUCAUCCCAGGCCUAGCGGGAAAGCAUGGGAAGCGGGGGCUGAGCCAACUCAAGGGAACCUGACCCGAGCCUGAAUAGGCCUUUCCGACCCAAUCCACUUGCCCAGUGAUGUGCUGGCAGCUGCUGGGAGAUCGGGUUUUGCUGGCCAGACGGAAAAAUGGAAGAGGGACUGUGAACAGAAGGUUGAGUGGAUUGCAAUUCACACGGGAGAAAUGAGGGAGGAGGAAGAAAGGGUAGAGGGAUGAAGUGAUUUGAUGUCUGGACGUGAGAGAGAGAGAGAGAGGUACGUGGUGGCACAUAAAUUGAAUAUGGGCUUCUUGGCUGGACCACACUAAACCCUGACCCAACUCAUAUGUAUCAGGAUAACCAGAUUGGGCCUGCUUUUAUUUCUACGCUAGUUUGAGAGGUCUCAACCGAAAAAGAUUCGGGUCAGGCUUGGCUUCAGUUUGACCCCAUCAAUUGGCACCAUUAUUUUUCAUAGAGCUUUUUGGUUGAUGUACAUCUUAUGUCAUUUGGUCCCGAAAUAUUAGUUGCUGGAUUGUCAAAAUGUAACCUAAAUUUAGUACAUAAGUGCACCGGUUCUCCAAGUAUAAAAUGGCAGCUUAAAACAAUCUCUAUCAUAUGAAAUCCUUGCAAUGCACAGUAUACUGUCUUUUUUAAGGCCAAUUUUUUAAUGUGUACUGAUUGCUGUUUGUUUGAAUAGUUUGCACCGAAGACAUUUAUUCCGGCUUUAUUUGGACAUGCUGCAGAUGAUGUAUUUAUUCAGCCACAUCAUUCCGACCUUAUUUACAACUCAUAUGCGGUAUGAAGUAUUUUCUGCUUUCUCAUAUUUAGUCGCUAUGUUUGUGACCUUUUCGAAAUAAAGGGGAAAUAACAAGUUUGGACGUAUUUUUAUGUUUUUUAUUUUUUACAGGGGGAUAAGAACAUAAUUAAAUUUGAGGGUGAUCAUAACUCUCCACGGCCACAGUUUUAUUAUGAUUCAGUUUCCAUAUUUUUUUACAAUGUUCUUCACCCUCCUCAAAUUUCCUCAUCGCCCUCAAGUAGACUGGAGAAAUACUAUGAUCUGGGAGGCUUGAAGGUUGGUGCGGGAAUGGAUGAGGUGAUUCCUGCACAUCAUAUGCAUUAAUUUUGAUAGGAUGGGCUUGAUAUUUUUCUUUUCUUAUUUGAAAUUUCUCCCUUCUCUUAUAUGUAGACACUUCAGGGUCUCAACAUUGUCACUUCAUAAUGAAUCAUUAUUGUCUGUUGCGAAAUUUGAGAUAAGUUUCUAAAUAAUUUCUAUAACUUGGAACCUUUUUUUUUUUUUUCCAGAGUUUAUUGUAUGAGAUUAUCGCUGGUCUCCGCUCAGUCAGCAGUGAUGCAGCAAGUUCCUCAUCAGCUCCCUUUCUUCCUAAAGGUGGAGGAGUGCAUUCUUUUGGAUGUAAUCGGUCGUGUUCUCUAUUGUUUGUAAUCCUCAGUUUAGAUUUUCUAAUGCAAAUCAGGUCCAGAUACAAAAUCCGUUGCUGAACUUCUUUCUGAAAGUGAAGCUCUUACUCAAACUGAACUUGGGGUUUGUUUCCAUUCUUUUCAACAAAUUUCACUUUAAUUUUAAUGAGAAUAUUCUAGAAAAAAAAAAUUCAUUGUUCAUUACAGGCAAAUUUGCUGGAUGAAUCCAAGUUUAUCAUUGAAGCAGGGGGGAAUGAUGAUGUGUGUUCCCAUUUUCCGGUAAUUUGUAUUCAUUCCUUUACUCGCCAUAAUCUAAUAUUUCAGCCUCUUUUGGAUUGAUAAGUGAUUAAUACCAGUCGAUAUACAAUGGAGAAAUAUGUAUAUAGAAUCAUGAGAUACGGUUUCUUGCUGAAAUGUAUAGGAAGAAUGAAUGAUGAAUGUCCCAAACUAGGGUAUUACAUGAUAACCGCUCCAGACCUUCAGUGCCAGAGUUAUAUUAUAAUCAAGGUUCAUCUGGUGCACCCUCAGUUUUGAAGUAAUUAUGCAGACUCAUAAAUGCACUGUUUUCAUGAUUUUUUAGUAAAAGUAAUGGAAGUAAAUCGGCUUUCUUGACUGGUUACUCAACAUGGACGCAGUUCAUUAGAUUCUCUGUGCUGACAACUAUGAUCCUUGUGAAAGAGCGUACUGUACUGAAUGCUGGAUUCUCUGGCAUCUCCCAUCAGGAGAGAACGAACGAGCAGAAUGAUGAACACCAGGGGAAGGCAAAAGGGCUGAACGACGAAUGCUGCUCAUAUACGAGCUCCAACCGAGAGAGUUGGGGAAGGUGUUCCUCCUUGGGAGGAGUUAGUGAAGAGGAGUCAUCUUCAGCCGAGUGUGCAAGAAGCAACAGCAGACACCAGGUUCCCCCUUCAUAUUUAUGCCCCGUUUUUUUUUUUUUUUUUUCUGUGGUCAUGGUUCUAGGAUUCUUGUCAUUUUUUUUCAUGUAAAUAAAUAUUCCAACUCUUCAUAAAUGGCAUUACUCUAUUUUUAAAAAAAAAUUAUAUUUAUUAAUGUUGCUGAAAGAGUUCCUUCCACUGGGGUACUCAGAUGGCGCUCAAGGUGCUCGCCACACCUCUCAGAAGAAUACAACGGAGAUCCUCCAGCGACGCAUCAAAAGAGAAGAACAAGAAGCCCAAGUCAUCAAGAAAGGGGGGCAAGAAUGAGAAGCCGGAGAAGUCGGAGUCACUGAGCCAGCGACUGCGCCACUGCUUUCUGGGUCGCUCUAACCACAAGAGACAGAGAUCCACGUGA